AACUUUUUCAAAACUUUCGUCUCCUCUCUUUUUGACUCUUCAAUAAAUAAAAACCGGUCAAUAUUCAAUCUACACCAAUUUCAAUAAAUGUAGAUUUUUAUUAUAGUUUUCUGUGUUGAGACUCGGAAAAAGAUGAAACCAAUUAGAACGCCGUUUUUCGAUGGCGCGGUUGAGGAGGAUUCUCCUUCGACGAGAACAUGGAGAGAUUUCAAGCGGGUUUUGUCUACCGAGACGGCCAAGAUGUGGAUGAUCGCUGCUAUCAUUGGUUUCAACAUCAUCUGCUAGCAUGGCGUUACAUCCACCACCAAUAUCUUCAAUUCUUCAUCGGCCAUAUCGAUGAGGUCGAGCUCUCAGCCGUCUCCAUCUCUCUCUCUGUCAUCCUCCUCUUCUCCUUCGGCUUCCUGAUUGUCAUACUUAUCGUUGGAACACGCGGAGAUGUUCAACCUUUUGUUGCAAUAGCCAAACGGCUUCAGGACUAUGGGCAUAGAAUUAGACUUGCAACACAUGCAAAUUUUAAAGAGUUUAUUUUGACUGCUGGAUUGGAGUUCUAUCCUCUAGGCGGAGACCCAAAAGUGCUAGCCGGUUAUAUGGUUAAGAACAAGGGAUUUUUGCCAUCAAGCCCUUCAGAGAUUCCAAUUCAACGAAACCAAAUAAAGGACACUAUAUAUUCUCUUCUUCCGCAUAUUUCACUUCGAAUGGUAAUUAAACUUGAGAAUCGCCAUUUCAGGACAUACUCAUGUGGCAGAAGCACUGAAGACACCAAUUCACGUAUUUUUCACCAUGCCGUGGACCUAACCUCAGAAGCAAGAAAGCUACUGGUGGAGUCACAUAAGCUCUCCGUAGGACAAUACAAUACCACUCCAAAGCUGGUGAUUAGUGAGGUAAAAUAUGAUAGAAUCACACAGACAGUAAGAAACUGUAAACAAAGACAACGUCGCAAUAACAAUCACAUUGGGCUAAAUAAGAGAAACCAUGAGCCAGAAACAGAGCAACGUGCAGAGAAGGCCCAACGUUCAUAUUUGGAUCUGAAUCUUCCUGUGAAUGAGACAGAAGUUGGCGUUAGUCAUGAAACAGAGGACGCAAAAGCUUGGUUCAAUGAUUUCAUUGAGCAGGUAGACGGAAAAGUGACGUUCAAGCCGCACAUUCAAAAUCACACUAAUUCACAAUUUCGCAAGUGCUUUGGAUCCGAAACUCAGCUAGAGAUUGAUAACGAUGUGAUUGUUCAGAUUCUGGUGGCUUCUUGGUCAUCUGGCGAAGAAGAGAGAACAAGAGUUGAUCAAUGGAUGCAAAUUUUUCUUGCUGCGAGCUUUGCUGAAGCGAGGCAGAAGUACGGUUCGAAUCCAACGCUCGCCGUGAAACUGGUUGCUUCGAGAGGCUUAGCUGACGGAGUAGAGUUGCCGGAGAAGGUGGAUGGCCUGGUUUGGAGUUUUGUGCUUGUGUAGAUUAAAAUGUAUAAUAGAGAGUUAGUACUAGCUGAGGUAUCACUUGGUACAUAAAGUUUGUUUAGGAGUUUAGAGUUUAGGUAUUAUCUCGCCUAAUUUUGUUGUAAACUCCUUGGAUUUGCUCAAGAAGCCUAGAGAGCUGGCUCUAUCAAACUCGUUGUGUUUGAUUGUAAAUCUUACCGCAAAUCAAAUCAUUUAAAAGUAUUAUUGAUUCUAGAUGCAAUCUCUUAUGAAAUUAUACCUUGUAAAUCUAUGAUAAUUUGUUUUAAGUUUUAC